UUGUUGUAUUUAAGGCACGUCCUCGUAUUCUUAUAUCCAUCAGUCAAGUUUGUUUGAUCAAUGAAAAUAUUAUUGGUGUUACAGUUUCGUUUCAGUGAACUAUUUCGACUAUAAUAGUUUUUUCUUGUUUUUUAUUCCAUACUUAUUAUACUUCCCUAGGUACUUGUUAUACUCUUGAGUGAAUUAGAUCUAAACUAUCAUGAGGAGGUGCUGCAUCAAGGGAUGCAAUUCAAAUUCAUAUAAAAAUGAGGAAGGAUUGUCAUUCUUUAGAUUCCCACUAAAUGAAUGCCUUAAGAAACUGUGGAUAGAAAAAAUAGGCAAUGAGAAUAUAAAACCUGCAAUAGGAAUAGCAAUAUGCUCCAAGCAUUUCGAAGAUCAUUGUGUGAACAGAACAAUGAACUGUGUUCGACUUAAAGAUGGCGCAAUUCCUACCCUUUUUUCAGCUGUAAAAUCCGAUAAGCAGUGUAUAGGACCAGAAACAGGAGGUAAAGGCGUAGGGGAGUUAUCGUCCAUAGUUCCAUUAAAUAAGAAGUUUGAUGACACUGCAAGGGUUCGCCCUGUUCGCAGUAAUCAUAUGCAGGAAGCAGAUUGCGAUAAAUUUAGAAAUCAAUUGAAACCUGAUGCAGUUUCUGGUUUUAAUGAAGAAUCAUCAUCGGAUGAGGCAUCAGAUUCAUUGCAUAAAGGGUAUAUAAAUGAACAGCGUGCUGUACCAGUAGUACGAUUAAUACCGUUGUCUAAAGAAAUGUUAAUAAAAUAUUCUAGAAAUUUCGAAGAAGCAACUGAUACAAAUCAAAAUGAGCACGAUGUGGACAAGUCACGGGUGUGCAAGCUAUGUCUCAGAGUAGAUGCGAAAAUGUAUGAUCUUAAUGACGAGACUUUAAACAUGUUGUAUCAAUAUAUAAUUGGAAUUGUGCCGCGAACGGACUCCAAGGAUAGGUUUCCAAUGAACAUAUGUUGGGAAUGUAAAGCGCGGCUGCAUUCAGCGUCGGUGUUAAAAUAUAAAGCGCUGACCAGCGAUCAACUGAUGCGGGAAUAUUUGGAUUCUCAUGAAACGCUAAACAUAACUGAAAUAUCUAAUCUGCAUCGAGAACAUAACUUAGAAUCAAGUUUAAUCAUAGAUUCAAUAGAAACUUUUAACUGUGCAACUGAAACACACAGUUACACAAAAUCAGAUACACUAGUUAAUACAGGAACUGCAGGAUCUACUUUUGAAGAAGAUUUAGAUGAUAAUUCACAAAUAGAUGAAAUAGAUGUAGAAAAUCAAAGUAUUGAUGAUGAUACGAAAUCUGAAAUAGAUAUAAUGCCUAACAAUAGUCAAGAUAGCUUUCACAGUGAAGCUCCUAAAGUAAACUGGGAUAACAUUAUACUAGUAAAGGCUCCUACGGUUGUUGGUAAUCAAUUCAAUGUACCUGUUUUUGAUAAUAAUUCCAAAAUGGCGGAUGAAAGUGAAACAAAUGAUGAUUCCUUUGAUAUGAAUAUGGACGAUGGUAAUGAGGAAAUUGUGGCUGAAGAACCUUCGAAGCUGAGGACGAGAAAAAUAAAAACAUCGAAGAAUCGAACGAGGUAA